AUGGAAACGCACGCCGAGGAGGCGUCGAAAGCCGUGACUUCGGCGAUACGAAGACUACAGAAUGCUUUGAAGCAGAAAGAGCCUGAAUAUGCAAGCCUUGAACCUUUACUCGAGAAAUUGAGAGUCCGCUCCGGCAAUCUCGCUCUACUUUACCUCGCUCUGGACAGAUCUGCCGAGGACGUCGAAAACAGAUUGUGGAAUUUUCACGUCGAAGUAAGUGGUAAAUUCAAGUUAUGGUUAAAGGGCUUUCGCGAGGGAGAUGGCAAGAGGAAACAUGUCGAACGACGAAAGGCCGAGAAGCUGUACGUCGAUUUUAUCAGAGCGAGCCAGCGCUAUUAUCGAGCUUACAUUGGCCGCCUGACUGCGAAUUUCUCAAACAUCCCUAAGGUCUUUGAAAUCGCUGAGAAGCUGAACCAGAAUGGCUUAACUGCGCAGUCACCAAAGGUUGCUACCGAAGAGCAAAACGUAACCUUGGAGAAAUCCUGCAAGCUCUGCAUCAUUCGCCUAGGUGAUCUUUCAAGAUGGCGCGAAACAGAAUUGCAACUGAAGGAGCGUAAUUGGGGCCCUGCUAAAGGAUACUACCAACUUGCUCUAAGCAUGGAUCCUGGUGAGGGAACCUGUUACAAUCAACUUGCUGUGAUCGCUAGAAACGACGAAGACCAUCUUGGUGCUGUAUACUAUCUAUACCGAGCUACAGCAGUCACAAACCCCUUCCCAACUGCCGCUGACAACAUCAAAGCUGAAUUCGAGAAGCUACUGACUCUGCGCACGGAGGAAUCCUAUGCCCUCAUGGACCGAUCUGGCGACGAUAUGGUCAGCUCCCUCGAAAAGCGCUUUCUCGCUUUUCACGCUCAUUCUUAUGCCCGCCCGUAUGACUUUGUGGCUUUCCAGCAAAGAGCUAAGGACAUCUUGGGCAUGAUUGCCCUGUGUUUUGCGGACCAGGAUGCACGACCUGCUGCUUUGGAUCACUUUCUUCAACGGGCUUGUCUCAUCAAUAUUGCUGCCGAAGAUCUAGCUAGGCGAGGCAUGACCAAGAACGUGCUGAUGAAGAAGUUGUCCGAGUUGAAGCUUGUGCGAGAGGCUGACAAGAACUGCCAAAGUUAUUUCUUGUUUCAACGAUUCAACCUCAUGACUUUCCGGGACCUAUUGAGUGUAUUGAAGAGAGAGCUCGGCGACCCUCCCACACCAGACCAAGAUCUAUCAGACCUGUCUCGUCUUUCUUUGGUCGUGCGUCGUGUUCUACCCCACCUUCGCCAAUACAGUAGUUGGCUCUUGAGUCACAUGCGCGAGCUGGUUGAGACCAAGUUCAAAUCAACUCGCCUGUUCUUGGAAGGGGCCAUGAGGACGUACGCAGAAACCUUGAACCUGCUGCGAAGUCAUGUCGAUGUCUUCGCUCCGUCACAGGUGGGAUAUCUCCUGGAAGAUGAUGAGAGAACUCUCUCUUUCCCUCCCUACUCGCCCAAGGUCAUUGAAUGGCGCUAUUAUGGCGUUGACAAGACCAAGGUAAAGCCAGCCCGAUUCGACACUGGUAGAGGAAAGGAGACAUCGGAGGAGUUGGCUGAGACUCACAUGCGAGCAACUGACCUAGUGGUCGAUGCGCUACGACUUGUCAAACAGCAGGACGACCUGGGUCUGAGCUUUGUACCCCUCGAGAUUGUUGAGACACAAUUCGUUGCACUACAGAUACCUGACAGUGCAGUGCCACAAGCGCCACCUUCGCCUCCGAAGCAAGUCUGGAAGAGCAGGACUCACGUGCAUACAGCUUCGAUGAAUGGCGUAGAUUCUCCUAGCCGACCAGCGUCUGCCAACCUGGCGGUACCGGUCGUUGCAAAGUUGGGAGUCGCUACACCAGAGAUACCGUCAAUCAGGGCACAGGCAAAUGGUGACCAGGAUCCCUUCAACCUGACUAGUAGCGAGACUAUGCAAACUGCCGUCGAAGAGCCGUCUGCAACUUUUGCAAGCUCCAGUAUCUUGAUGGGCACGCCAGCAGCCCCUGCCAGUGGUCAACUGACAGCCAUGGAUAUUGUACGAAGAAUGCAACAGCGUUCGUCUGGUGGAAGUCCGGUGUCCCAACGAUCUCCCGAUUCUGCUAAGAAGCACGUCCAACCAUUACUGCCAAGUGUCUACAACACACCUUUCGCGCCAACUCCCAACGAGCAGGCACAACUGUCACCACGUCUUGACACAAAUUCAAAGCGAUCAUCAUCGUUCACCUCGCCUUCGUUAACUUCAAGCGCUCUAUUUCAGGACCAAUUAGCCCAACAACAGCGCGACGUCCAGCUACAUUCGUCAUAUCAAGCACCUUUCGAACCUACACCAAGCUGGUCGACUUACGGACAGACGCCGACUGGUAUGAACACUUUUCUACGCGCAUUUGAAAACAAGCAGGAACGUACACCAUCCCCCUUCAGCACCUCGAACGAUAAUAACGGUCGAAGUCCUCAACCUCCAAGGUCUACGUCUCAGCCGCCAGCUCCUUUUGGGGUCAUUGGGCAAGCACGGCCUUUCUCGUCGGGUACACCGACAAAUGGCCAGGGCUGA